CGAUUCCAGCCAGUCCACUCGCCUCUCCGCCCGCCACCCAACGUUCACUGCUGUGAACUUGUGAACCAGCCAGCCACCGACUGCAGCUGCUGCAGCUGCAGGAACAUUCGCAUGUAGUUGUGCACUGCAACAGCAACAGCCACACGAAGCCAUCGCCCCAAUCAAAUUUGUUAUGCUGUGUUCCAUGCCAAUCAGCAACACAGCGCCAGCAUUGUUCGAACGCGCAUAACAAACCCAGUCGCCAGUCGUCAAGCGCCGCACGCCCACAACAGUGGUGGCUGUUGUUUUUGUUGUUGUAACCCCCCUUGAUGGGUCACGGACCCCUGUGCCCCAGGGCCUCCACUAUUGCCUCAUCUGGACCAACAAGUGAUGGUCUUGGUGAGCAACGAAUGGCUGAACAAUAAGGAUGACGAACAGAAAACAGAUCCAGCAACAGCGGCGACAGCAUCGGGAGCAGUCGGAGCACCAACAGUGAGUAACGGAGGAGUAUCGACUGAAACAGCCGCGAGGGGAUCGCUCGAUACGGUGAGAGCAGCAGUUGGCGCAGUAGGAGGAGGAGGGGCGUCGACUGUCAAACGCAAGAAAUCUCAAAACUCCCUUAACAUGGACUCGACAAAUACGAUGAAGACCGAGCAGGAUCUUCUUCAGUCCAUUGAGAGGGAGAAGCACGAGCUGGAGACAGCGGACAGCAAUAAUGAGGAGUCCGACGAGAACCAGGAGAACAAUAACGUGCAGGAAACCGACUCCAACACGAACACAUUGCAGGGUACGAGCACUCCAGACCGUCGCUUUUCCCAAUUGCCUGCAUCCAGCCAGGUGCUACAGAUGACACUGAAUUCGGUUCUCAACGCAAACAACACGGCAGUGGGUGGGGGUGUUCCCACUGCCAGCAGUCUCUUCAGUUCAUUGGGCGGACACAACAACGGCCUCCAAAGGGAGCAAAGGGAGGCGGACUACGGCACACUGUUAUUACCACAGACACAUACACAGGGACUGGGAUUGGCAUUGGCAUCCACUGACCUAAACAUGAGCUCGGAGACGGAUUCGGGAGCAGCUACUGCUAAGGGCGAAGCCAAAAUUGUGCUUCAGUGCGAGGCAAAGUCGCACAAGUUUGAAACGCGGUCCAUUCUGCUGCAUCCGAACCAGGAGUGCAAGGUUGGCCGUCUGAUAGCUAAGAGCAAGGCCAGCGAGGAAAACGCGAUCUUUGACUGUAAAGUCUUGUCGCGCAAUCACGCGAUGCUCUGGUACACACAGGAUGGCCGCUUCUGGGUAAAAGAUACCAAGUCCAGCAAUGGCACAUUUAUUAACGACAACAAACUGGGCAAUGAUCCAGUCGAGCUUCACUUCGGCGACACGGUCAAGUUUGGCGUGGAAGUGAUCGAGAACUCACGACAGGAGGUGCACGGCUGCAUCAUAGCCAGGGUGACACUCUUCUUGCCCGAUGGCAGGGAGGCCAUAUCAAUCGAUACGGAUCAGCUGCAGCUGCUGGGACCCAAUAGGAUUAGUUUCGACGAGAUCCAGCGCCUGAACUCAUUUCUCCAAGAAGCCGCGCAGAGGGAGAAGACCCUCAAGGCGAAAUUGAACAGUUUGCAGGGUGUGCUCGACGCCACGCGGAAGAACUCGGCCCUAUGCUGGCAGAGCAUGAUAACCGAGGACCAGCUGAUUCACAAAAUCAAUCUUCUGGAGAAGAAACUGCAGAUGAUGGAGAAAAAUGUGCCAGAAAAUGCGCUGCGUAACGAGAUUGUAAAGAUGCUGGAGGACAAGACAACGUAUCAAUUAACUGCCAAAGAGGCUCUGCGCAAGGUGUACCAGGAGCGCUGCGAUGCUAUGCAAGCACUGUCGAGGGCACAGUUGUCGAUAGAGACCUCUGAAAAUGAGUGCGUAAUACUGCGUGCUCAGAUCGGUACAUCGAAGCAGACGCUGCAGGACUUUAAUGCGCGGCUCGAGAAGCUCCAGCAGGAGUACAUGGAUUACAAGCAGGAGUCGCUGCGGCAGCAACAGGAGGCUAAGGAACAAGAAGAACAGCGCUUGGAGCUGCAGAGGGAACAACUGGAGCGUGAAAUGGAGGAGCUGCGUUUGCAGGUGGUCCGACUCCAGAAAACCAUUGACGAGCAUGACAGCGAACAGAGGCUGCAAGAGCAGAGUGUCCUGCAGCAGCUGGACGCGGCAAUUCCCGACGAUGGCGAUGACGAUGAUGCGUACGAGGACAACAGCGACGACGAAAGUAUGGACGAGGCACAGGAGAAGGACUCAGCCACAGAGCAAACAUCUGACAUGGAGACGAAGGAUCAACCAACGACAGUGUCUGAAAAUCAGAAGACUAAGACGCCCAAGCAACAGAUCGAUUUUGAUAACAAGAAAAAGGUGAUUCGUAGAUCGCAGGUAAUGAAGUUGCUAAAAAACUCAGAUCUCAGCAAAGGCGUAUUAGGCGGCGAUGUGCUGAAGGCUAUCCUUAACGACGCCGGCUCCGAAGAUGAGGAUCACGAGCAGGAGCAGGAUCAGAAUGAGGAGACGGAUGUGCAGGCAUUAAACGUGCGACCUGAGCUUAGUGCGGGCAUUAAGCGAGAGGCGGCAAAAGCUGCUAGCGAUGAAUUCAUCCACAAUUCACCGAAGCAUGCGCGUCUCAAUGGCAUUGAUGAAAUGCCAGAGCCCUCGAAUAACCAAUUGCAACCUGUACUCUUAGUGCACAAGUUGGAAAGCCAAGAGACGCUGGUGCGCGAUGAAGAGAUUCCAAAUAUUGAAUAUGAUUUCCCCACAGAUCAAGCAAUCGAAAUGCUGCAGGAGGAAUGUGAUAGUUACAAACAAAAGACGGUGUUGCUAACCAGCGACAUUCACUCUCUGAAAGAGCAGAUUGACAAUCUAAAGCAACAGCUUGGGCAGGAGCUUCAGCGCAACUCACAUAAAGAGCAGCCUAAAACAGAGACAGAGGCAAAGGCAGAGAAAGAAAACGAAGUCUUUGACAAUGAGCCGCGUCAGGCGUCUGGCCAGGACGAGAGUCUCCGCCUGGACACUGAAAAAGCCUGGGACGAGGACCUCGCAGCCAUAAACGACUCGCAGGUAGUACGCGAGGAGGAACUAAUUGUCUACAAGGAGCGACUAGAAAAAUCAGAAAGCAGCAAUGUACAGCUUAAAAAUGAAAUAUUACAGCUUCGUACCGAGCAGAAGCGUGAGCAGCCCCAAAAUCUGCUAUUUCUGUACCGGCUCGUGCCUUUGGGCUGCCUAGCUCUUGCUGGCCUCAUCUACUUCCUCUCCAUUCGCAUCUAAGACACUUGGAACUAUCCCAGACACCACAAAACACACCAGCGCGAAGCAAUUGGAGCCAUGGGGCUGAUGUGGUGUAUAUGGAUGUAAAGCUUGAGAAGUGCAACCGGAGGUGGCCACCGCAUUUUCGCCGUUAUUUAUAAGUAGUCCCUCACCGAGCUUUACAAUAUUUAAUUUGCUUUAUCGCCUAAUUUCUUUUGAGCACAAAAUUUAAAGUCGUAAAUUUAAAUAAAUCGUCGACCCGAACUAAGGAAAAAAUUAUAAAAAUGUUUAAAAAAUACAUAAUAAAAAAUAAAAAAACGCAAGGUUAGUUAAUUAUAAAACCCCUUGAUUUUCCAAUAAUCGUCUCAUCGAACUUCGCACUUCGAAAAGCCGAAAAAGUUCCAUGAUGCGAGUAUUGGAUUAAUCAGUCGAAGAUCCCAGCUCACAAUCGCACCCAGAGCGCGUCUUCUAAGCUAGCAUUAAGUUGCGAUAGCGAUGUAGUACCAGCUAUAUUUUAUAUGCUAAAUGUUGAUUUAUAUAUUUAUACUAUUUAGCUGAUUUUAUUUUCGAUGUCUUUGUAAACGGGUGGAGUGUGUGGACGUGGACACGGCAACAAACGAAAGAUAUUCAAACGCUUACGAUAUAGCAAUAUGUAAAAAUGAGAUAAAACGAAUAUAUUAUAUGUAAUAUU